CCACGACCACCAUCUCAUUGCCAAUUGCCGCAAGGUAGGGAAUCGACUUUCCACCAUCCUGGGUCGUUGCCCACCACUACCCCCAGUGUGCUCCACCGAUCGCGGAGACAAGAACACAUACCGGUAUGGCUGUGGUUGUUAUGCAGGAUGCUAAGCCCAGAACCCGAAGGCUUCAUCAAGACUCUGGGGUAAAUGUCGUUCCGUGAUUGUAGAUCCCACCGUCGUAGCUCACUCCCUAUCUAUCCAAGGCGUAUCCUCUUGAUAAGUACCUCAACACCAAGUCCAUUUCUAUCUUUAUCUUGAGUAAACUCACGCCCGUGUCACCGUCUCCUCCUCUUACUGAGCCUACGACCGAACCGCUGCUCUUACGCCGCCUCCAAGUAUCCAAUCACACAUUGAGCUUCUGGAACGACUUUGCAUUGCGCCUGCAUACCGCCUCUUUCCGAGCCUAGUGUAACGCAAGGCAGGGCCGCAUUAUCAAGAUGACAACCACAACCACAACCACAGUAACCAUCACACCACCGCUGUUGCAGCAACAGGCCCCAGCUCUCCAACUGUCCUUCGACCCCCGUAUUCAAAAUCUCACCAAACAUGGCUUCCUCUUCGGCAAAAAGCUGGCAGCAUCUAUGUCCCCGCUGCUUCACGAUGUAGUCUACCAGGGUCUCGGCCUGAACUGGGGCCAGUUGCGUCUCGAUUCGGACGACAUGGACUUGUUCCUGAACCUUGUCCGAGACCCAAAGUUCUACGGCGCAUCGGUAACCAUGCCAAACAAGGUGGCUAUCAUCCCUCACCUCGACUACCUCACACCCGAGUGCCGUGACGUCGGUGCCUGCAACACUCUUUUCCUCCGUGAUGACCCCAACACCCCGGGCCGUCGUCUCCUGUGCGGAGCUAACACCGACGUGAUCGGUGUUCGCGAGUCCUUUGUCCAAAACGUUCCCAAUGCCGAUGUGUAUGAGAACCGCCCCGCCCUGGUUGUCGGUGGAGGUGGCGCUGCCAGAUCGGCCGUGUAUGCUCUGCACAAGUAUCUCCAAGCCACCAAGAUCUACCUCGUCAACCGAGACCCCAGUGAAGUUGAGGCCGUCAUGAAAGAGUGCAAAGAACGCGGGUAUGGUGAUAAGUUGGUAUAUGUCGAGAGUGUGGAACAAGCCGAGCGGCUCGAGGGCCCUGGAGCGAUCGUGGCGUGUAUCCCUGAUUUCGCCCCCGUAACGGAGAGUGAGAAGACGGUGAGGAAGAUCAUUGAGGUGAUGCUGGGGAAGGACCAUAAGGGGGCAAUGUUGGAGAUGUGUUACAACCCAAGUCCUUUUACUGCGCUUGGCGCCAUCGCGGAGAAAAAAGGAUGGCAGGUUAUUUUGGGAACAGAGGCCAUGAUCUGGCAAGGGAUUGAGCAGGAUAAAUAUUGGACUGGUCUUGACGCCAGCGAGCUUCCUGUUGCUCAGGUCAAGGAGGCUAUUGCUGCCAGGCUAGCGGAGCUGUCGAAUGCGUAGGCUGAAGCCUAUUGUAUGAUGAUAAGAUUAUGCGUUGUUAAAAAUAACAGGCAGGCAUGGUAUUGUAUAUAAGAUUUGGUUUCAUUGUAUCUAGCUAUCAUUCAGACUUUGUUGUGAUCUCAAUUGGGCCCAGGCGGAUGCAGUUCUCAACGGCGACGUGUUGUAUGGUGAUAUUUAUGGGCCCGCUCUGGCUUGGACGAGUUGUCUUCCUGGACCACCGUGCAUGGUUUUUGAAUUCACGAAGCCUUGCAUCCGGGCAUUGGGGAGUGGCGAGUGAAAUAAGUGACCAAGAGGAAUCAAGUGGUCCCGUGGAGUCUAGUGUAGAUGGCGUUCAUAUGAGCCCUACUUUAGAAUUUCUGAAUGAGCUUAAGAUCCUCAAUGGGACUGCUCGUUCUUAUUCCCCUCAACCCCUCGUUUGCGAUCCAAGUUUAUUCAUAUCCGUCGAAUCUGUUUCUGAACACCUCCGAAGUGUCGCAUCCAGGCCCAUAUCCCAGAUUGAUCAUAAACUGAGGGUCAACCUCGAUGGAAUCAGUGCAGUCGGUGGCGGCC